AAGGCUAACAUCAGAAACCCUCCUGCUUUUCCUCUACGUUUCGACGCAUACUUCCGACGGACACCAUGAAAGUUGCUUACUGAAUAUAGGUUACUUCAAUUCUUCACCUGUUUUUAGCUCCGCUGCUUAAGUCCUCUGACCGGAAAGUCUCGGGCGGCCUACGACGGAAAGCCCGCAGCAUAUUUCUGCAAAACGGAAACCAAACCGACCAUGGCUGAGGUGGCUAAUCUUCCAAUAGCAGAGAAGGAUCCCAGGAAGAGGAAGUUAGGUAAAAAGAAGAGUGGCAAGAAUAACAAGAAAUUGAAGAUGUUACAGGGUAAUGGAGAGAAGUUUAAAGUAAAUAAGAAAAUGCAAAAGUUGUUUCGCAAGAGGGCACAUGAAUACAAUUCAGAUGAGGAUGAGGAUGAGGAUGAUGAGGAGUUGGUUCCUGUGACCAGAGGUGAAAAUGCUGAGGAUAUGGAGAUGGGAAGCGGUGGUUCUUCUGAUGAAGGGGAGGACAGGGAGGAUUUGGAGAUAGACAAUGACAAUUCUGAUGGGGAAGAAGAUGAUGAGAUUCAACCUGGGAUUAUGAAGUUUACAGAAGGUUGUAGAGCAUUUAGGAUGGCAUUCAAGAACAUUGUAAAGAGGAAUGUUUCUAAUGAUUCACUGAGUCCGGUGUUAUCAGGCCACAAGCAACUCAUCGCAAAGAAGCUUGCUGAAGAGGAAACUGUAAGGAAGGUCAAGGGAGAGGCUAAGAAGGAAAAACACAUGGUUGCAGAGAAAGGACAUGUCAAGCCUCUUAAUUACUUGGACUUACAUGAAAAGUUCCUGAUAAGUGUUGCUACAAAAGGAGUGGUGAAGUUAUUUAAUGCUGUUAACAAAGCUCAAAAUGCUCAGAAAGGAUUGAACCCUUCAAGGUCAAAAGAUGCUAAAGUAAUAAAGAAGCAAAGGAAAGAAGCCUUCUUUUCAGAGUUGGGCAAGACAUCUUUGCAAGCACCAGAUGCUGCCAACAAGGGUACAUCUUCUGCCCCUGUCAAUGAAGGACCUGCUUGGGCCCCAUUACGUGAUAACUUCAUGCUUACAAACCCUAAGUUGAAGGACUGGGAUAAAAUGCCUGAUGCUGCUGUCACAGAUGACAUUGGACGGAUGUCUGAAGAUAGUGGUUCAGAGGAUGACUGAUGUGAUCCAAAACUUAAAAAGGAGCUUAAAUAUUUUCUGCUGUUAAUCAUGCAAGUUUUGUCACAAAUGGUGAUGUCAUGCCAGGAGGAAAUUUUGCACACUAUAUUUUCCUAUUGCUACGUUAUGUACUGUUUUAUUGAUUAUCAUAAAUUAAAUUUUCAACUUGCAAAAUGAUUUUCUUGUUUACUUAGCGCCCACUUCCCAAAUUUUGGUUCUAUGGUCGUCGCAAAUGUAUGCAGAACCUCCAAAUCCACUUCUCAAAGGGAUAGAUUCAUAUUUAAAAAAAUGUAGGGACAGAUUAUUUUUUCAAAUUAUAAAUCGAGAUAAAUCAUUUAUUUUUUAACAUGUGAUGUCAUGUUUUGGUUAAAAAAUACUUAUGUGGCAAACAGAAUUUUGACGUUACAUGUUAAAAAAUGAAUGAUUUAUCUUGAUUUAUAAUAUAAAUGGAUAACUUACCUUUACAUUUUUUUGAGGGCGGAUCUGUCCCUACCUGCUAUUUGAGUGGUGGAUUUGAGAGUUUUACUGCAAAUGUAUGGAUUGGGGAUGAGUUUUGGUUGGUUCACUGCGAAUAGGAACUUGACGCAUUGGGUCAAACAAGUUUUGAAGUUGGAAAUACCUCACCAUAGUUUUAUGUGAAAUUGUAAUAGCUGUAUUCGAC